GCACAGCCCUCCUUCCAAUUGCUGGAGAGAGAGGGGGAGUGAGAAAGAGAGUUUAAGGCAGGCUCUGCACUGGUGUUCUGGGCUAUUUCAACUUCAGGGCAACUUUAGAGAACUUCAGUUACUUUUGGCUCUGGACGACAGCUGAGACCAGCUGAGUCUCUAGGAGAUGGUGAUGCAGAUGCAGAGGAUGAAGAUUCUGUUAAUGAAGUGGCAGUAGAAGACAUCCGUCCAAGGCCACAAGGAUCCUCUCCAGUUUAUGAAUAUCCCAUAGAAGAAGAAUAUUUAAAGCUUCAAGAAGAAAAAAAGUAUUCUACAGAUAAAUUGAAACAGAGUCAUCCAGAGGAGACAAUGGAAGUGACCCUGAAAACGGAAGUGGAAGCUGGUGCUAGUGGUUUUAGUGUGAUAGGGGGAGGAAAUGAAGGAAUAUUUAUUAAAAAAGUACUGAAAGAGUCUCCUGCUUCAAAAAUAUUUAGCCUGAGAGAAGGUGAUCAGCUUCUAAGUGCUACAAUAUUUUUCGAUAAUAUCAAGUAUGAGGAUGCACUCAAGAUUCUCCAAUAUUCUGAGCCAUAUAGAGUCCAAUUCAGCCUCAAAAGAAAAAUUGCUGGGAAAGAAGAGUUAGAAUACACUCACUCUACAGCCCAGUACAAAAAGGAAAGAAGAAGCCAGGAAAAAGAACUCAGUGACAGCAUUCCUGAAGAAACACCCCAUGUUUCAGGAAAAGACAUUUCAGAAGAAGACAAGGAAACAUUAAUUGUAAGCCAAAGGGUAGGAAGAAGCAAGAGACCUAAAAAAGAUAGGUUGUCAUGGCCAAAAUUCCAGUCAAUCAAAAAUAAAAAGAUACUGGGGCACAGAAGAUCUCAUAGUACAUCAGAUGCAUAUGAAUCUGGUAUACAGGAUAUUUCCCCUACAAGCACAGACACAGAGUCUCAAUUUCAACAAGAAGUCCACAUCAGAGAAAAAAAAGGAAGCCAAAAGAAACUGAAGUUCCCAAGCAUUGGAUUCAAAAUGCACAGAUCCAAACCAGAACCUCAAGACAGGCCAAAAAAAGAAAUAAAAACUAUGUUGUUAAAUGAAAGAGAGAAAAUAUGUAAAGAAGAUAUCAGCCUGGAAAAUCCUGAAAUUGUAACUGUUGAAUAUACUGCAUUGCCUGCUUAUGAAACUGAAACAAGAGAGGCACAUGAAACUUUAACAAAAGACUUAAAGGAUACGCAAAAUGGCAUUCCAUCUCAUGCAAAAAAGUGCCCUGAAGUUGAAAUAAGCAUUAAAAAAGAAAAAGACAAGGACUCAACAUCUAAAUUUACUGUACCUGAAGUACCAGUUUUAACAACACAGAUAUCAAAGCCCAGUUUAGAAACACCUGAUAUGAAAGAAAGCCAAACUAAACAAGUACUGCCAGCCUCCUCAAAAUCCCGAAAAAAGAAACAGAAGGGAACAGCAGGUAAAACAGAAGAAGAAAGUGGAAUUAAUGUAGACAUGAUGAGACAGAGAACACAAGAAUCUAUACAGGUAAAAGGUCUAGAAAUAGCUGCUAGAGCAGAAUUACACACAACUGACACACUGGAAACAAGUGAAAAACAAGCAGAAGACACGCAAAUACUAACAAUUCAGCAACCAAAAUUUGGGAUUUCAAUGACCAAAACAAAAGAAGCAGAGACUAAAAAGACCAAGCUCGGAAGUGAUGUUCCACAUUCAGUACCAGAAACAACAGCUGAUACGAGUUCAGAGGACAGCAGGAAUUUGGGUGUGAAUACUGACAUGCCUGAUGCAGAAUCAGAACUUGCUACAUGGAAAAUAAAAAUGCCAUCAUUAAAAAUGAGAAAAACAACUAAAACUGACAUGACAAUACCAAGAGAAGAAAGCACAACAGAAUCAGCAGAUACUGUGACGAAGACACUGAUAGAGGAUGGAAUGCCAAUAAGUGAUAAAACUUCGAAAAUGGACUUCAGCAUGAAAACAGCAGAAAAAGAUAUGGAAGGAAAAGAAAGUAAAUUCAGACUGCCAAAAUUUAAAAUGCCUACAUUUACCUGGACAACUGCAAAAGAUGAGACAGAGCAAACAGAAGGUCACGUAAGAGACGGUGAAGAAAAACUUGUAUCUGUAAAAGUAGGAGAAAAACAAGAGAUGACUGUAUCAGAAGGAGAAAUGAUGAUUCCAAAUGGUGAAAAUGAAAUAGUGAACUUAAAAGGAAAAACAAAAGAUAAGCAUAUAAGAAAAAGGCAAGAAGUACAGCAGGCAAGACUGGAAAAUCAAGCUGUAAAAACUUCCUAUAUAGAAAAUCAUAUAGAAGAGAGAGAAGAUACGACUAGAAAACGUGAUAGUGAAAUAAAAAAAACAGAAUUCAAUAUAACACCACAGAAAUUAGUAGAAAUAACUGAAACUACGUCAGAAAGCAUCAAAGUUGACAUCAAAGCUCCCAAGGUGGACAUCAGCCUCCCAUCUGUCGAUGUCACCCUUCCAAAGGCCAGCGUUGAACUGCAGGCGCCUGAGGCAGCCCUGAGCCUCGAAGGGGAAGCCAAAGCCCCGGAGAAGGAGGCCGUGAAGACCAAGGACGGCAAGUUCAAGAUGCCCAAGUUCAGCAUGCCUUCCUUCGGCUGGUCCAGCAGCAGAGAGGCCAAGGGCACCGUGGCCGCUGACGUGGACGUCAGCCUCAAGGAGCCCCAAGUGACGGUGCCCUCGGGAAGCGCCGAGGUUGAGGCGAGCCUGCCCGCGGCCGAGAUGCAAGCGCCAGGAGUGGAGGUGGCGGUCGAGACGGGUGCCGCAGGAGACGGUGAGAAAGGCCGAUUUAAGAUGCCCGACGUCAAGAUGCCCAGCGUCAAGCUGCCCAAAGUCAAAGCUCCCCACGUGCAGGUCAGCCUGCCAAAGGGCGAGGCAUCGCUGCCCAAGGCUCAGGCCGAAGUCCCGGAGGGCGAAGCCGCCGUGCAGGGUCCUGACGCCGAAAUCGGCCUGGAGGUGGCUCCUGGCAAAGUUGAGAGUGGCGGCAUGAAAAUACACAUGCCGAAAGUCAAGGUGCCCAGCGUGGUCUUCUCCAAGCCGACAGUCAAGGCUCCCAAACUGGACGCAGACGUCUCACUUGACAAAGUCGACGUUAGCCUCCCGGACGCCGGCCUCAAGGCUGGCGACAUCAGCAUCACGGCCGCGGACAUCAAGAUGCCCUCCGUGGAAGGCUCCGUUGAGCUCCAGGCGCCUGAGGUAGACCUCAAACCACCUUCAGCCGAAGUCUCCCUGGACACGGCCGAGCUGGAAACCACAGGCCUGAAAGGGAAGUUAAAGAUGCCCAAGUUCGACAAGCCCAAAUUCGGAGUGUCGCCUCCCAAGGCGGGGGCGCUCGAAGGCCAGGUCAGCCUGCCCAGUGCACAGGUUGACCUCCCGUCCGCCAGUGUGACGGCCGCAGCGGAGGGCACCGCGCUGGGCCUCAAAGGCGACAUCCCCAGCGGCAAAAGGGAAGGGGCCGGCUGGAAGCUGGAGAAGCCCUCCCUCACAAUGCCCAAAGCGGACAUCAAAGCUCCCAAGGUGGACAUCAGCCUCCCAUCUGUCGAUGUCACCCUUCCAAAGGCCAGCGUUGAACUGCAGGCGCCUGAGGCAGCCCUGAGCCUCGAAGGGGAAGCCAAAGCCCCGGAGAAGGAGGCCGUGAAGACCAAGGACGGCAAGUUCAAGAUGCCCAAGUUCGGCAUGCCUUCCUUCGGCUGGUCCAGCAGCAGAGAGGCCAAGGGCACCGUGGCCGCUGACGUGGACGUCAGCCUCAAGGAGCCCCAAGUGACGGUGCCCUCGGGAAGCGCCGAGGUUGAGGCGAGCCUGCCCGCGGCCGAGAUGCAAGCGCCAGGAGUGGAGGUGGCGGUCGAGACGGGUGCCGCAGGAGACGGUGAGAAAGGCCGAUUUAAGAUGCCCGACGUCAAGAUGCCCAGCGUCAAGCUGCCCAAAGUCAAAGCUCCCCACGUGCAGGUCAGCCUGCCAAAGGGCGAGGCAUCGCUGCCCAAGGCUCAGGCCGAAGUCCCGGAGGGCGAAGCCGCCGUGCAGGGUCCUGACGCCGAAAUCGGCCUGGAGGUGGCUCCUGGCAAAGUUGAGAGUGGCGGCAUGAAAAUACACAUGCCGAAAGUCAAGGUGCCCAGCGUGGUCUUCUCCAAGCCGACAGUCAAGGCUCCCAAACUGGACGCAGACGUCUCACUUGACAAAGUCGACGUUAGCCUCCCGGACGCCGGCCUCAAGGCUGGCGACAUCAGCAUCACGGCCGCGGACAUCAAGAUGCCCUCCGUGGAAGGCUCCGUUGAGCUCCAGGCGCCUGAGGUAGACCUCAAACCACCUUCAGCCGAAGUCUCCCUGGACACGGCCGAGCUGGAAACCACAGGCCUGAAAGGGAAGUUAAAGAUGCCCAAGUUCGACAAGCCCAAAUUCGGAGUGUCGCCUCCCAAGGCGGGGGCGCUCGAAGGCCAGGUCAGCCUGCCCAGUGCACAGGUUGACCUCCCGUCCGCCAGUGUGACGGCCGCAGCGGAGGGGGCCGGCUGGAAGCUGGAGAAGCCCUCCCUCACAAUGCCCAAAGCGGACAUCAAAGCUCCCAAGGUGGACAUCAGCCUCCCAUCUGUCGAUGUCACCCUUCCAAAGGCCAGCGUUGAACUGCAGGCGCCUGAGGCAGCCCUGAGCCUCGAAGGGGAAGCCAAAGCCCCGGAGAAGGAGGCCGUGAAGACCAAGGACGGCAAGUUCAAGAUGCCCAAGUUCGGCAUGCCUUCCUUCGGCUGGUCCAGCAGCAGAGAGGCCAAGGGCACCAUGGCCGCUGACGUGGACGUCAGCCUCAAGGAGCCCCAAGUGACGGUGCCCUCGGGAAGCGCCGAGGUUGAGGCGAGCCUGCCCGCGGCCGAGAUGCAAGCGCCAGGAGUGGAGGUGGCGGUCGAGACGGGUGCCGCAGGAGACGGUGAGAAAGGCCGAUUUAAGAUGCCCGACGUCAAGAUGCCCAGCGUCAAGCUGCCCAAAGUCAAAGCUCCCCACGUGCAGGUCAGCCUGCCAAAGGGCGAGGCAUCGCUGCCCAAGGCUCAGGCCGAAGUCCCGGAGGGCGAAGCCGCCGUGCAGGGUCCUGACGCCGAAAUCGGCCUGGAGGUGGCUCCUGGCAAAGUUGAGAGUGGCGGCAUGAAAAUACACAUGCCGAAAGUCAAGGUGCCCAGCGUGGUCUUCUCCAAGCCGACAGUCAAGGCUCCCAAACUGGACGCAGACGUCUCACUUGACAAAGUCGACGUUAGCCUCCCGGACGCCGGCCUCAAGGCUGGCGACAUCAGCAUCACGGCCGCGGACAUCAAGAUGCCCUCCGUGGAAGGCUCCGUUGAGCUCCAGGCGCCUGAGGUAGACCUCAAACCACCUUCAGCCGAAGUCUCCCUGGACACGGCCGAGCUGGAAACCACAGGCCUGAAAGGGAAGUUAAAGAUGCCCAAGUUCGACAAGCCCAAAUUCGGAGUGUCGCCUCCCAAGGCGGGGGCGCUCGAAGGCCAGGUCAGCCUGCCCAGUGCACAGGUUGACCUCCCGUCCGCCAGUGUGACGGCCGCAGCGGAGGGGGCCGGCUGGAAGCUGGAGAAGCCCUCCCUCACAAUGCCCAAAGCGGACAUCAAAGCUCCCAAGGUGGACAUCAGCCUCCCAUCUGUCGAUGUCACCCUUCCAAAGGCCAGCGUUGAACUGCAGGCGCCUGAGGCAGCCCUGAGCCUCGAAGGGGAAGCCAAAGCCCCGGAGAAGGAGGCCGUGAAGACCAAGGACGGCAAGUUCAAGAUGCCCAAGUUCGGCAUGCCUUCCUUCGGCUGGUCCAGCAGCAGAGAGGCCAAGGGCACCAUGGCCGCUGACGUGGACGUCAGCCUCAAGGAGCCCCAAGUGACGGUGCCCUCGGGAAGCGCCGAGGUUGAGGCGAGCCUGCCCGCGGCCGAGAUGCAAGCGCCAGGAGUGGAGGUGGCGGUCGAGACGGGUGCCGCAGGAGACGGUGAGAAAGGCCGAUUUAAGAUGCCCGACGUCAAGAUGCCCAGCGUCAAGCUGCCCAAAGUCAAAGCUCCCCACGUGCAGGUCAGCCUGCCAAAGGGCGAGGCAUCGCUGCCCAAGGCUCAGGCCGAAGUCCCGGAGGGCGAAGCCGCCGUGCAGGGUCCUAACGCCGAAAUCGGCCUGGAGGUGGCUCCUGGCAAAGUUGAGAGUGGCGGCAUGAAAAUACACAUGCCGAAAGUCAAGGUGCCCAGCGUGGUCUUCUCCAAGCCGACAGUCAAGGCUCCCAAACUGGACGCAGACGUCUCACUUGACAAAGUCGACGUUAGCCUCCCGGACGCCGGCCUCAAGGCUGGCGACAUCAGCAUCACGGCCGCGGACAUCAAGAUGCCCUCCGUGGAAGGCUCCGUUGAGCUCCAGGCGCCUGAGGUAGACCUCAAACCACCUUCAGCCGAAGUCUCCCUGGACACGGCCGAGCUGGAAACCACAGGCCUGAAAGGGAAGUUAAAGAUGCCCAAGUUCGACAAGCCCAAAUUCGGAGUGUCGCCUCCCAAGGCGGGGGCGCUCGAAGGCCAGGUCAGCCUGCCCAGUGCACAGGUUGACCUCCCGUCCGCCAGUGUGACGGCCGCAGCGGAGGGGGCCGGCUGGAAGCUGGAGAAGCCCUCCCUCACAAUGCCCAAAGCGGACAUCAAAGCUCCCAAGGUGGACAUCAGCCUCCCAUCUGUCGAUGUCACCCUUCCAAAGGCCAGCGUUGAACUGCAGGCGCCUGAGGCAGCCCUGAGCCUCGAAGGGGAAGCCAAAGCCCCGGAGAAGGAGGCCGUGAAGACCAAGGACGGCAAGUUCAAGAUGCCCAAGUUCGGCAUGCCUUCCUUCGGCUGGUCCAGCAGCAGAGAGGCCAAGGGCACCGUGGCCGCUGACGUGGACGUCAGCCUCAAGGAGCCCCAAGUGACGGUGCCCUCGGGAAGCGCCGAGGUUGAGGCGAGCCUGCCCGCGGCCGAGAUGCAAGCGCCAGGAGUGGAGGUGGCGGUCGAGACGGGUGCCGCAGGAGACGGUGAGAAAGGCCGAUUUAAGAUGCCCGACGUCAAGAUGCCCAGCGUCAAGCUGCCCAAAGUCAAAGCUCCCCACGUGCAGGUCAGCCUGCCAAAGGGCGAGGCAUCGCUGCCCAAGGCUCAGGCCGAAGUCCCGGAGGGCGAAGCCGCCGUGCAGGGUCCUGACGCCGAAAUCGGCCUGGAGGUGGCUCCUGGCAAAGUUGAGAGUGGCGGCAUGAAAAUACACAUGCCGAAAGUCAAGGUGCCCAGCGUGGUCUUCUCCAAGCCGACAGUCAAGGCUCCCAAACUGGACGCAGACGUCUCACUUGACAAAGUCGACGUUAGCCUCCCGGACGCCGGCCUCAAGGCUGGCGACAUCAGCAUCACGGCCGCGGACAUCAAGAUGCCCUCCGUGGAAGGCUCCGUUGAGCUCCAGGCGCCUGAGGUAGACCUCAAACCACCUUCAGCCGAAGUCUCCCUGGACACGGCCGAGCUGGAAACCACAGGCCUGAAAGGGAAGUUAAAGAUGCCCAAGUUCGACAAGCCCAAAUUCGGAGUGUCGCCUCCCAAGGCGGGGGCGCUCGAAGGCCAGGUCAGCCUGCCCAGUGCACAGGUUGACCUCCCGUCCGCCAGUGUGACGGCCGCAGCGGAGGGCACCGCGCUGGGCCUCAAAGGCGACAUCCCCAGCGGCAAAAGGGAAGGGGCCGGCUGGAAGCUGGAGAAGCCCUCCCUCACAAUGCCCAAAGCGGACAUCAAAGCUCCCAAGGUGGACAUCAGCCUCCCAUCUGUCGAUGUCACCCUUCCAAAGGCCAGCGUUGAACUGCAGGCGCCUGAGGCAGCCCUGAGCCUCGAAGGGGAAGCCAAAGCCCCGGAGAAGGAGGCCGUGAAGACCAAGGACGGCAAGUUCAAGAUGCCCAAGUUCGGCAUGCCUUCCUUCGGCUGGUCCAGCAGCAGAGAGGCCAAGGGCACCGUGGCCGCUGACGUGGACGUCAGCCUCAAGGAGCCCCAAGUGACGGUGCCCUCGGGAAGCGCCGAGGUUGAGGCGAGCCUGCCCGCGGCCGAGAUGCAAGCGCCAGGAGUGGAGGUGGCGGUCGAGACGGGUGCCGCAGGAGACGGUGAGAAAGGCCGAUUUAAGAUGCCCGACGUCAAGAUGCCCAGCGUCAAGCUGCCCAAAGUCAAAGCUCCCCACGUGCAGGUCAGCCUGCCAAAGGGCGAGGCAUCGCUGCCCAAGGCUCAGGCCGAAGUCCCGGAGGGCGAAGCCGCCGUGCAGGGUCCUGACGCCGAAAUCGGCCUGGAGGUGGCUCCUGGCAAAGUUGAGAGUGGCGGCAUGAAAAUACACAUGCCGAAAGUCAAGGUGCCCAGCGUGGUCUUCUCCAAGCCGACAGUCAAGGCUCCCAAACUGGACGCAGACGUCUCACUUGACAAAGUCGACGUUAGCCUCCCGGACGCCGGCCUCAAGGCUGGCGACAUCAGCAUCACGGCCGCGGACAUCAAGAUGCCCUCCGUGGAAGGCUCCGUUGAGCUCCAGGCGCCUGAGGUAGACCUCAAACCACCUUCAGCCGAAGUCUCCCUGGACACGGCCGAGCUGGAAACCACAGGCCUGAAAGGGAAGUUAAAGAUGCCCAAGUUCGACAAGCCCAAAUUCGGAGUGUCGCCUCCCAAGGCGGGGGCGCUCGAAGGCCAGGUCAGCCUGCCCAGUGCACAGGUUGACCUCCCGUCCGCCAGUGUGACGGCCGCAGCGGAGGGCACCGCGCUGGGCCUCAAAGGCGACAUCCCCAGCGGCAAAAGGGAAGGGGCCGGCUGGAAGCUGGAGAAGCCCUCCCUCACAAUGCCCAAAGCGGACAUCAAAGCUCCCAAGGUGGACAUCAGCCUCCCAUCUGUCGAUGUCACCCUUCCAAAGGCCAGCGUUGAACUGCAGGCGCCUGAGGCAGCCCUGAGCCUCGAAGGGGAAGCCAAAGCCCCGGAGAAGGAGGCCGUGAAGACCAAGGACGGCAAGUUCAAGAUGCCCAAGUUCGGCAUGCCUUCCUUCGGCUGGUCCAGCAGCAGAGAGGCCAAGGGCACCGUGGCCGCUGACGUGGACGUCAGCCUCAAGGAGCCCCAAGUGACGGUGCCCUCGGGAAGCGCCGAGGUUGAGGCGAGCCUGCCCGCGGCCGAGAUGCAAGCGCCAGGAGUGGAGGUGGCGGUCGAGACGGGUGCCGCAGGAGACGGUGAGAAAGGCCGAUUUAAGAUGCCCGACGUCAAGAUGCCCAGCGUCAAGCUGCCCAAAGUCAAAGCUCCCCACGUGCAGGUCAGCCUGCCAAAGGGCGAGGCAUCGCUGCCCAAGGCUCAGGCCGAAGUCCCGGAGGGCGAAGCCGCCGUGCAGGGUCCUGACGCCGAAAUCGGCCUGGAGGUGGCUCCUGGCAAAGUUGAGAGUGGCGGCAUGAAAAUACACAUGCCGAAAGUCAAGGUGCCCAGCGUGGUCUUCUCCAAGCCGACAGUCAAGGCUCCCAAACUGGACGCAGACGUCUCACUUGACAAAGUCGACGUUAGCCUCCCGGACGCCGGCCUCAAGGCUGGCGACAUCAGCAUCACGGCCGCGGACAUCAAGAUGCCCUCCGUGGAAGGCUCCGUUGAGCUCCAGGCGCCUGAGGUAGACCUCAAACCACCUUCAGCCGAAGUCUCCCUGGACACGGCCGAGCUGGAAACCACAGGCCUGAAAGGGAAGUUAAAGAUGCCCAAGUUCGACAAGCCCAAAUUCGGAGUGUCGCCUCCCAAGGCGGGGGCGCUCGAAGGCCAGGUCAGCCUGCCCAGUGCACAGGUUGACCUCCCGUCCGCCAGUGUGACGGCCGCAGCGGAGGGCACCGCGCUGGGCCUCAAAGGCGACAUCCCCAGCGGCAAAAGGGAAGGGGCCGGCUGGAAGCUGGAGAAGCCCUCCCUCACAAUGCCCAAAGCGGACAUCAAAGCUCCCAAGGUGGACAUCAGCCUCCCAUCUGUCGAUGUCACCCUUCCAAAGGCCAGCGUUGAACUGCAGGCGCCUGAGGCAGCCCUGAGCCUCGAAGGGGAAGCCAAAGCCCCGGAGAAGGAGGCCGUGAAGACCAAGGACGGCAAGUUCAAGAUGCCCAAGUUCGGCAUGCCUUCCUUCGGCUGGUCCAGCAGCAGAGAGGCCAAGGGCACCGUGGCCGCUGACGUGGACGUCAGCCUCAAGGAGCCCCAAGUGACGGUGCCCUCGGGAAGCGCCGAGGUUGAGGCGAGCCUGCCCGCGGCCGAGAUGCAAGCGCCAGGAGUGGAGGUGGCGGUCGAGACGGGUGCCGCAGGAGACGGUGAGAAAGGCCGAUUUAAGAUGCCCGACGUCAAGAUGCCCAGCGUCAAGCUGCCCAAAGUCAAAGCUCCCCACGUGCAGGUCAGCCUGCCAAAGGGCGAGGCAUCGCUGCCCAAGGCUCAGGCCGAAGUCCCGGAGGGCGAAGCCGCCGUGCAGGGUCCUGACGCCGAAAUCGGCCUGGAGGUGGCUCCUGGCAAAGUUGAGAGUGGCGGCAUGAAAAUACACAUGCCGAAAGUCAAGGUGCCCAGCGUGGUCUUCUCCAAGCCGACAGUCAAGGCUCCCAAACUGGACGCAGACGUCUCACUUGACAAAGUCGACGUUAGCCUCCCGGACGCCGGCCUCAAGGCUGGCGACAUCAGCAUCACGGCCGCGGACAUCAAGAUGCCCUCCGUGGAAGGCUCCGUUGAGCUCCAGGCGCCUGAGGUAGACCUCAAACCACCUUCAGCCGAAGUCUCCCUGGACACGGCCGAGCUGGAAACCACAGGCCUGAAAGGGAAGUUAAAGAUGCCCAAGUUCGACAAGCCCAAAUUCGGAGUGUCGCCUCCCAAGGCGGGGGCGCUCGAAGGCCAGGUCAGCCUGCCCAGUGCACAGGUUGACCUCCCGUCCGCCAGUGUGACGGCCGCAGCGGAGGGCACCGCGCUGGGCCUCAAAGGCGACAUCCCCAGCGGCAAAAGGGAAGGGGCCGGCUGGAAGCUGGAGAAGCCCUCCCUCACAAUGCCCAAAGCGGACAUCAAAGCUCCCAAGGUGGACAUCAGCCUCCCAUCUGUCGAUGUCACCCUUCCAAAGGCCAGCGUUGAACUGCAGGCGCCUGAGGCAGCCCUGAGCCUCGAAGGGGAAGCCAAAGCCCCGGAGAAGGAGGCCGUGAAGACCAAGGACGGCAAGUUCAAGAUGCCCAAGUUCGGCAUGCCUUCCUUCGGCUGGUCCAGCAGCAGAGAGGCCAAGGGCACCGUGGCCGCUGACGUGGACGUCAGCCUCAAGGAGCCCCAAGUGACGGUGCCCUCGGGAAGCGCCGAGGUUGAGGCGAGCCUGCCCGCGGCCGAGAUGCAAGCGCCAGGAGUGGAGGUGGCGGUCGAGACGGGUGCCGCAGGAGACGGUGAGAAAGGCCGAUUUAAGAUGCCCGACGUCAAGAUGCCCAGCGUCAAGCUGCCCAAAGUCAAAGCUCCCCACGUGCAGGUCAGCCUGCCAAAGGGCGAGGCAUCGCUGCCCAAGGCUCAGGCCGAAGUCCCGGAGGGCGAAGCCGCCGUGCAGGGUCCUGACGCCGAAAUCGGCCUGGAGGUGGCUCCUGGCAAAGUUGAGAGUGGCGGCAUGAAAAUACACAUGCCGAAAGUCAAGGUGCCCAGCGUGGUCUUCUCCAAGCCGACAGUCAAGGCUCCCAAACUGGACGCAGACGUCUCACUUGACAAAGUCGACGUUAGCCUCCCGGACGCCGGCCUCAAGGCUGGCGACAUCAGCAUCACGGCCGCGGACAUCAAGAUGCCCUCCGUGGAAGGCUCCGUUGAGCUCCAGGCGCCUGAGGUAGACCUCAAACCACCUUCAGCCGAAGUCUCCCUGGACACGGCCGAGCUGGAAACCACAGGCCUGAAAGGGAAGUUAAAGAUGCCCAAGUUCGACAAGCCCAAAUUCGGAGUGUCGCCUCCCAAGGCGGGGGCGCUCGAAGGCCAGGUCAGCCUGCCCAGUGCACAGGUUGACCUCCCGUCCGCCAGUGUGACGGCCGCAGCGGAGGGCACCGCGCUGGGCCUCAAAGGCGACAUCCCCAGCGGCAAAAGGGAAGGGGCCGGCUGGAAGCUGGAGAAGCCCUCCCUCACAAUGCCCAAAGCGGACAUCAAAGCUCCCAAGGUGGACAUCAGCCUCCCAUCUGUCGAUGUCACCCUUCCAAAGGCCAGCGUUGAACUGCAGGCGCCUGAGGCAGCCCUGAGCCUCGAAGGGGAAGCCAAAGCCCCGGAGAAGGAGGCCGUGAAGACCAAGGACGGCAAGUUCAAGAUGCCCAAGUUCGGCAUGCCUUCCUUCGGCUGGUCCAGCAGCAGAGAGGCCAAGGGCACCGUGGCCGCUGACGUGGACGUCAGCCUCAAGGAGCCCCAAGUGACGGUGCCCUCGGGAAGCGCCGAGGUUGAGGCGAGCCUGCCCGCGGCCGAGAUGCAAGCGCCAGGAGUGGAGGUGGCGGUCGAGACGGGUGCCGCAGGAGACGGUGAGAAAGGCCGAUUUAAGAUGCCCGACGUCAAGAUGCCCAGCGUCAAGCUGCCCAAAGUCAAAGCUCCCCACGUGCAGGUCAGCCUGCCAAAGGGCGAGGCAUCGCUGCCCAAGGCUCAGGCCGAAGUCCCGGAGGGCGAAGCCGCCGUGCAGGGUCCUGACGCCGAAAUCGGCCUGGAGGUGGCUCCUGGCAAAGUUGAGAGUGGCGGCAUGAAAAUACACAUGCCGAAAGUCAAGGUGCCCAGCGUGGUCUUCUCCAAGCCGACAGUCAAGGCUCCCAAACUGGACGCAGACGUCUCACUUGACAAAGUCGACGUUAGCCUCCCGGACGCCGGCCUCAAGGCUGGCGACAUCAGCAUCACGGCCGCGGACAUCAAGAUGCCCUCCGUGGAAGGCUCCGUUGAGCUCCAGGCGCCUGAGGUAGACCUCAAACCACCUUCAGCCGAAGUCUCCCUGGACACGGCCGAGCUGGAAACCACAGGCCUGAAAGGGAAGUUAAAGAUGCCCAAGUUCGACAAGCCCAAAUUCGGAGUGUCGCCUCCCAAGGCGGGGGCGCUCGAAGGCCAGGUCAGCCUGCCCAGUGCACAGGUUGACCUCCCGUCCGCCAGUGUGACGGCCGCAGCGGAGGGCACCGCGCUGGGCCUCAAAGGCGACAUCCCCAGCGGCAAAAGGGAAGGGGCCGGCUGGAAGCUGGAGAAGCCCUCCCUCACAAUGCCCAAAGCGGACAUCAAAGCUCCCAAGGUGGACAUCAGCCUCCCAUCUGUCGAUGUCACCCUUCCAAAGGCCAGCGUUGAACUGCAGGCGCCUGAGGCAGCCCUGAGCCUCGAAGGGGAAGCCAAAGCCCCGGAGAAGGAGGCCGUGAAGACCAAGGACGGCAAGUUCAAGAUGCCCAAGUUCGGCAUGCCUUCCUUCGGCUGGUCCAGCAGCAGAGAGGCCAAGGGCACCGUGGCCGCUGACGUGGACGUCAGCCUCAAGGAGCCCCAAGUGACGGUGCCCUCGGGAAGCGCCGAGGUUGAGGCGAGCCUGCCCGCGGCCGAGAUGCAAGCGCCAGGAGUGGAGGUGGCGGUCGAGACGGGUGCCGCAGGAGACGGUGAGAAAGGCCGAUUUAAGAUGCCCGACGUCAAGAUGCCCAGCGUCAAGCUGCCCAAAGUCAAAGCUCCCCACGUGCAGGUCAGCCUGCCAAAGGGCGAGGCAUCGCUGCCCAAGGCUCAGGCCGAAGUCCCGGAGGGCGAAGCCGCCGUGCAGGGUCCUGACGCCGAAAUCGGCCUGGAGGUGGCUCCUGGCAAAGUUGAGAGUGGCGGCAUGAAAAUACACAUGCCGAAAGUCAAGGUGCCCAGCGUGGUCUUCUCCAAGCCGACAGUCAAGGCUCCCAAACUGGACGCAGACGUCUCACUUGACAAAGUCGACGUUAGCCUCCCGGACGCCGGCCUCAAGGCUGGCGACAUCAGCAUCACGGCCGCGGACAUCAAGAUGCCCUCCGUGGAAGGCUCCGUUGAGCUCCAGGCGCCUGAGGUAGACCUCAAACCACCUUCAGCCGAAGUCUCCCUGGACACGGCCGAGCUGGAAACCACAGGCCUGAAAGGGAAGUUAAAGAUGCCCAAGUUCGACAAGCCCAAAUUCGGAGUGUCGCCUCCCAAGGCGGGGGCGCUCGAAGGCCAGGUCAGCCUGCCCAGUGCACAGGUUGACCUCCCGUCCGCCAGUGUGACGGCCGCAGCGGAGGGCACCGCGCUGGGCCUCAAAGGCGACAUCCCCAGCGGCAAAAGGGAAGGGGCCGGCUGGAAGCUGGAGAAGCCCUCCCUCACAAUGCCCAAAGCGGACAUCAAAGCUCCCAAGGUGGACAUCAGCCUCCCAUCUGUCGAUGUCACCCUUCCAAAGGCCAGCGUUGAACUGCAGGCGCCUGAGGCAGCCCUGAGCCUCGAAGGGGAAGCCAAAGCCCCGGAGAAGGAGGCCGUGAAGACCAAGGACGGCAAGUUCAAGAUGCCCAAGUUCGGCAUGCCUUCCUUCGGCUGGUCCAGCAGCAGAGAGGCCAAGGGCACCGUGGCCGCUGACGUGGACGUCAGCCUCAAGGAGCCCCAAGUGACGGUGCCCUCGGGAAGCGCCGAGGUUGAGGCGAGCCUGCCCGCGGCCGAGAUGCAAGCGCCAGGAGUGGAGGUGGCGGUCGAGACGGGUGCCGCAGGAGACGGUGAGAAAGGCCGAUUUAAGAUGCCCGACGUCAAGAUGCCCAGCGUCAAGCUGCCCAAAGUCAAAGCUCCCCACGUGCAGGUCAGCCUGCCAAAGGGCGAGGCAUCGCUGCCCAAGGCUCAGGCCGAAGUCCCGGAGGGCGAAGCCGCCGUGCAGGGUCCUGACGCCGAAAUCGGCCUGGAGGUGGCUCCUGGCAAAGUUGAGAGUGGCGGCAUGAAAAUACACAUGCCGAAAGUCAAGGUGCCCAGCGUGGUCUUCUCCAAGCCGACAGUCAAGGCUCCCAAACUGGACGCAGACGUCUCACUUGACAAAGUCGACGUUAGCCUCCCGGACGCCGGCCUCAAGGCUGGCGACAUCAGCAUCACGGCCGCGGACAUCAAGAUGCCCUCCGUGGAAGGCUCCGUUGAGCUCCAGGCGCCUGAGGUAGACCUCAAACCACCUUCAGCCGAAGUCUCCCUGGACACGGCCGAGCUGGAAACCACAGGCCUGAAAGGGAAGUUAAAGAUGCCCAAGUUCGACAAGCCCAAAUUCGGAGUGUCGCCUCCCAAGGCGGGGGCGCUCGAAGGCCAGGUCAGCCUGCCCAGUGCACAGGUUGACCUCCCGUCCGCCAGUGUGACGGCCGCAGCGGAGGGCACCGCGCUGGGCCUCAAAGGCGACAUCCCCAGCGGCAAAAGGGAAGGGGCCGGCUGGAAGCUGGAGAAGCCCUCCCUCACAAUGCCCAAAGCGGACAUCAAAGCUCCCAAGGUGGACAUCAGCCUCCCAUCUGUCGAUGUCACCCUUCCAAAGGCCAGCGUUGAACUGCAGGCGCCUGAGGCAGCCCUGAGCCUCGAAGGGGAAGCCAAAGCCCCGGAGAAGGAGGCCGUGAAGACCAAGGACGGCAAGUUCAAGAUGCCCAAGUUCGGCAUGCCUUCCUUCGGCUGGUCCAGCAGCAGAGAGGCCAAGGGCACCGUGGCCGCUGACGUGGACGUCAGCCUCAAGGAGCCCCAAGUGACGGUGCCCUCGGGAAGCGCCGAGGUUGAGGCGAGCCUGCCCGCGGCCGAGAUGCAAGCGCCAGGAGUGGAGGUGGCGGUCGAGACGGGUGCCGCAGGAGACGGUGAGAAAGGCCGAUUUAAGAUGCCCGACGUCAAGAUGCCCAGCGUCAAGCUGCCCAAAGUCAAAGCUCCCCACGUGCAGGUCAGCCUGCCAAAGGGCGAGGCAUCGCUGCCCAAGGCUCAGGCCGAAGUCCCGGAGGGCGAAGCCGCCGUGCAGGGUCCUGACGCCGAAAUCGGCCUGGAGGUGGCUCCUGGCAAAGUUGAGAGUGGCGGCAUGAAAAUACACAUGCCGAAAGUCAAGGUGCCCAGCGUGGUCUUCUCCAAGCCGACAGUCAAGGCUCCCAAACUGGACGCAGACGUCUCACUUGACAAAGUCGACGUUAGCCUCCCGGACGCCGGCCUCAAGGCUGGCGACAUCAGCAUCACGGCCGCGGACAUCAAGAUGCCCUCCGUGGAAGGCUCCGUUGAGCUCCAGGCGCCUGAGGUAGACCUCAAACCACCUUCAGCCGAAGUCUCCCUGGACACGGCCGAGCUGGAAACCACAGGCCUGAAAGGGAAGUUAAAGAUGCCCAAGUUCGACAAGCCCAAAUUCGGAGUGUCGCCUCCCAAGGCGGGGGCGCUCGAAGGCCAGGUCAGCCUGCCCAGUGCACAGGUUGACCUCCCGUCCGCCAGUGUGACGGCCGCAGCGGAGGGCACCGCGCUGGGCCUCAAAGGCGACAUCCCCAGCGGCAAAAGGGAAGGGGCCGGCUGGAAGCUGGAGAAGCCCUCCCUCACAAUGCCCAAAGCGGACAUCAAAGCUCCCAAGGUGGACAUCAGCCUCCCAUCUGUCGAUGUCACCCUUCCAAAGGCCAGCGUUGAACUGCAGGCGCCUGAGGCAGCCCUGAGCCUCGAAGGGGAAGCCAAAGCCCCGGAGAAGGAGGCCGUGAAGACCAAGGACGGCAAGUUCAAGAUGCCCAAGUUCGGCAUGCCUUCCUUCGGCUGGUCCAGCAGCAGAGAGGCCAAGGGCACCGUGGCCGCUGACGUGGACGUCAGCCUCAAGGAGCCCCAAGUGACGGUGCCCUCGGGAAGCGCCGAGGUUGAGGCGAGCCUGCCCGCGGCCGAGAUGCAAGCGCCAGGAGUGGAGGUGGCGGUCGAGACGGGUGCCGCAGGAGACGGUGAGAAAGGCCGAUUUAAGAUGCCCGACGUCAAGAUGCCCAGCGUCAAGCUGCCCAAAGUCAAAGCUCCCCACGUGCAGGUCAGCCUGCCAAAGGGCGAGGCAUCGCUGCCCAAGGCUCAGGCCGAAGUCCCGGAGGGCGAAGCCGCCGUGCAGGGUCCUGACGCCGAAAUCGGCCUGGAGGUGGCUCCUGGCAAAGUUGAGAGUGGCGGCAUGAAAAUACACAUGCCGAAAGUCAAGGUGCCCAGCGUGGUCUUCUCCAAGCCGACAGUCAAGGCUCCCAAACUGGACGCAGACGUCUCACUUGACAAAGUCGACGUUAGCCUCCCGGACGCCGGCCUCAAGGCUGGCGACAUCAGCAUCACGGCCGCGGACAUCAAGAUGCCCUCCGUGGAAGGCUCCGUUGAGCUCCAGGCGCCUGAGGUAGACCUCAAACCACCUUCAGCCGAAGUCUCCCUGGACACGGCCGAGCUGGAAACCACAGGCCUGAAAGGGAAGUUAAAGAUGCCCAAGUUCGACAAGCCCAAAUUCGGAGUGUCGCCUCCCAAGGCGGGGGCGCUCGAAGGCCAGGUCAGCCUGCCCAGUGCACAGGUUGACCUCCCGUCCGCCAGUGUGACGGCCGCAGCGGAGGGCACCGCGCUGGGCCUCAAAGGCGACAUCCCCAGCGGCAAAAGGGAAGGGGCCGGCUGGAAGCUGGAGAAGCCCUCCCUCACAAUGCCCAAAGCGGACAUCAAAGCUCCCAAGGUGGACAUCAGCCUCCCAUCUGUCGAUGUCACCCUUCCAAAGGCCAGCGUUGAACUGCAGGCGCCUGAGGCAGCCCUGAGCCUCGAAGGGGAAGCCAAAGCCCCGGAGAAGGAGGCCGUGAAGACCAAGGACGGCAAGUUCAAGAUGCCCAAGUUCGGCAUGCCUUCCUUCGGCUGGUCCAGCAGCAGAGAGGCCAAGGGCACCGUGGCCGCUGACGUGGACGUCAGCCUCAAGGAGCCCCAAGUGACGGUGCCCUCGGGAAGCGCCGAGGUUGAGGUGAGCCUGCCCGCGGCCGAGAUGCAAGCGUCUGCUUUUGAAGUUUUCUUAGAUUCCUCUCCUGGAAAACAGGAUGAUUUGGGUAAAACUAAAAGUUCUCAAUUUGAUAUGCCUAAGGUUUCUCUUUCUAAAAAUAUUAAGCGUCAUGCAGAGUUGAAGUCUGUGGUUGACUUUUCUUUGUCAGAAUCUCUUUGUUAUUCUGUAACAGAGCAUACUCCUGCUGUAAUUUCAGGUAGUGUUGGAGCUGAUAUCCUUCCUGUUAAUAAGGAAGUUAUUUGCUCUAAAAAUACUAAAUUCGGAAUUCCUAUCUUGGGUUCUUCCAAAUAUGAGCAGGAUUCCCAGUUACCAAAAUGUGAUAUUACUCUUACUAAAUAUGAAAUUAAUCGAGCAGAAUCUGAGUCCAAAAUGUCAUCUCUUGCUGAUGAGAAUAUUUCAGUAACAGAUUUUGAAAUUUUAAGUGAAAAUGCUUCUUUGGAGCAAGGAAGUCUGAAGCCAGGAUGUAAACUACCAUCUGCUGAAAGACCUGUAGAUGACUCAGAGUUUACAGUUAAAAUUCCUAAAUUCCGAAAACCGAAAUUUGGAUUUUCUUUGUCCAUGGGAAAACCAUCAGUAAGUGACAUUGGUUCCAAAGUGGAAUCUGAAAUUUCCAGGGAAAGGGCAGCAACUGAUAUGGCUGAUACUGAACAACUAACUCAGAUCUCUGAUGCUGAGUUUGGUGUAAAGAUUCACAAGUGUUCACCUGAAAUUGUUCCGGAUGCUCCCAGGUUGGAUGUCAGUCUCCCAUCAACGGAAGCUAGCAUGCCAAAACUAGAAGUGGAAAUCCAUGGCCCAGAUUUAGAAUGCAAGGCAGAACACGAAGUAUUUUCAGGAGAGAUGGACACUGAGGAGAAAGAAAACAAAGUUAAAAAGUCAAAGUUUAAACUCCCGUCAUUUAGUUGGUCACCAAAGAAAGAAGCUAUUGCUCCUUCUGACGUGGAGGGACAUGUGCAAGAACCAACUUUGUCUACUCUGUCUCGAGAUGCAGAAUCUGAAUUAGUAUUUCUUACCCCUGAGAAUCAAAAUCUUCAUGUGGAAUCUGAUACAUCAAUAGAAAAAGAUGGUGGAAAGGGCAGAAUCAAGAAGUCUCAGUUUACCAUGCCAAAGAUCUCAUUCCCUAAAAUUAAAGGUCAGAAAGUCCAGGUGUCUCUGCCUGUACUGGAAACUGACAUUUGUGGUCCCAAGCAAGAGAAAAAAGGUGUUUCAGUACAGGAAUCUGAGAAAGGGAGUAGUGUAGAAGGGGCAGAAAUGGACAUAAAAAUGCCAAAAAUUACAGUCCCAACUUCAGAAUUUUCCAAAGCAGAAAUCAAAGCUCCCAAAAUAGAGAUGGGUAUGCCUACAGGUGAGGUCAUACUUCCUACAUGUGAAGAAAAUGACCUGACAUUGAAAUCAGCUGCUGCUAAUGCCAGCCUCUCCCCCUCUGAUAUUAAGAUGACAGCUGAAGGCUCCCUUGAGGUGAAGAGUCUUGACACAAGUGUUGAAAGAACAUCAAGUGAAAUUUCUAUGGGUGAUGUAGAAAUAAAAAUUGAAGGCGCUGAAGGGAGAACAAAAACGUCUAAAUUCCAAAUGCCAAAAUUUGGAAUUAUAGAUUUUAAAGGGAAAGGGUCAGAAAAGGAGGUCAGACAAUCCAAAUCAGAAGGCAAGGUUCCUCAACUAAAAACAAUGAUAGAAAUAGCUGACAUUGCUGUUGAAGCACCAAAAUUGGAGGUGGAAUGUGGUACAGGAAUAGAAACUUACAGCCCUAAAGUCAAAAUGACCAAAGCUGACAAUAGGGCAUCAGAGACUGACAUUUCUAUUCCAAAACCAGACACUGAUAUUGAGGGUUCAGAAGCAGUACUAAAAAUUAAAGGGGAAAGAAAGCAAGAUGGAGAUGGAGAAGGAGGACAUUUCAAAAUGCCAAAAUUGAAACUUCCAUCCUUUAGUUGGUCACCAAAGAAGGAAGCAAGUGUUAAACAGGAUUCUGGAGUGAAUUUGGAAGAUCAUAAACUUGCUGCAAUGUCAAGCAGAGUAGACACAGAAUUGAGAGAAACUGCAACUGAUGAUCAGGGUAGUGGGCCAGACCUUGAUCUGGAAAUAUCUGCAGAAAAAGCUGAACAGAAAAGUCCAAGUAAAAAGCCUCAAUUUGUCAUGCCUAAAAUUUCACUCUCCAAGAUCAAGGUUCCCAAACCUCAGACUCGUUCACCAAAAGUUGAAGCUGACACUACUAUUCUUAAAACAGAGAGAGGGGGUGAUGAUUCAAUACAGAUACCUGAUAUAGAAAGAAGUAAUUUUGAAAGGACAGAAGAAGGGACACAUAUAAGCAUAAAACCAUCUGAUGUUAAGAUCCCCACUCUGGACUUUUCAAAAAUGGAAACUGGAGCCUCCCAAACUGAAAUGGGAGUCAGCUCAGCAAAGAUAGGUGCUGCUCUGUCUCCUUCAGAGGGGAGUUUUCAACAGCUUGUCUUAAAAUCAAGUUCUACCAAUGAAGAUACCAUUCAGAAAACAGGUAUUGAAUUCCCCAAAGGAGAAACUUCAAUUGAAUUGAGGAGCCCUGAAGUAAUAACGGAAAAGUCAUUAGUUGUGGAUGGAAGAAAGAUUAAUUUGGAAGGUCCUGAAGGGAAGAUUAAAAUGCCCAAAUUUCAGAAGCCAAAAUUUGGAAUUUCACUAACAAAAGGGAAAGGCCCAGAGACAGAAAUCAACUCUCCAAAAAUAGAAGCUGAGCUAUCCCAGCUAAAAAUGACAAAGGAAACUGCUGACAUUGAUGUGGGAGUUCCAGUAUCAGAAUUUACAUCUGAUAUGUCAGAUCCUGGAGUAGGUGUUUGUAAGAUAAAAACACCCGAAGUCCUGACAGCUGGCAUUGAAGCUCCAAAGGUAGAUGUAACCUUCCAGUCAGCAUCCAAACCAAUGACAGAGGGAGCUGUUGAGAGCCUUGAGGAGAAAUAUAUAAAAUUAAAAGAAGAAUAUGAUAUAAAAGCUGAAAAAGGUCAGACUGAAGAACAGCAGGGUUGGUUUAAAAUGCCAAAAUUCAGAAUACCCGCAUUUGGCAGGACAUCCUUAAAGGGAAAAAAAGGUGAUUCUUAUGUCGAAAGAUGCAUGGAAGAAGUUGAGACAGGCAUUCCCUCUACCGAAGUACAAACUGAAACAAGUAUUCCUGAAAAUACAUUCUCAUUACCACAUGCAGUCACUGAAAUUACUAUUGGAAAAGAAGUGAUUCCAAAAUCAGGAGAUUCUGUGAAGAGUUCUGAUGUUAGCUUGGCAAAGAUGGAAGGAGAUAUUUUGUUGUCCACAGAAAGAGCAGAUAGCACAGUGAAUAUUCCAAAACCUGAAACUUACGCAGAUAUAGUUAAGCGCAGUGUUGAAGGACAAAAAAUGCAUACUUCAGAACUCAAAGUAUCUCCAGCAGAAUUUGAUAAAGAUAACAGUUUAACAGAUAGGUUUUCUACAUGUACUCUGACUCUUCAAGAGCAUAAAAUCAAAUCACGGGAUACAGAAGUCCCAAAGGCAGAAAGUUCCUCUAAGUUAGAGACUUCAGGAAGAGGAUGUAUACCAUCAUCAGCUGAAAUUACUCUGGAUGUAGCACAAGAGAAAAUAGAUGUUAGUCUUCCAAAGCAAGGGCUAGAUACUCAAAAUCAAGAGGCAGUAAUUAAACAAGGAAAGAUAAAGGGUGAGAUGAAAAUGACAGGAAAAGACAGUGAAGGAAGCCAAUUGAAAAGGCCUAUGAGUGAGUGGUCUACAGCAAAGGAAUCAGAAGAUGGUGCUUAUGUUACAGCUAAGCUGGAAGAUCUAAUGGUAGAAAUUCCAGUAGUGAAGAUGGACGUUAAAAUUACUAGAGUAGAUCCUGAAAUGAAAUUUCAAAUGGAAAGUGUUGAAAAGGACAUGUCUGCAGGAGGGGAAGUGCAAGUAGAAAAUAGAGCAGAAACAAGUAAAAUUAAAACAUACAAGUUUAAGAUUCCAAAGUUUGGAGUGUUGCAUUCAGAAGUCAGGGGUUUUGAAGAUGAUAUCUAUUUGCCAAAGUCAGAAGCUGAUUCAGUGUCUAAAGCUGAAAUAGGCACAGCAGAGAUACAGCUUCAAAAAUUAGAAAAAUCUAUUGGCCUGAAAAGUCCAGCUCUAGAUAGUAUGGAAGCAUCUGCCAGAAUAACAGAAGACAAAUCACAAGAUGACCCAGAAGUAAACAUAAAAAUUCCCAAGCUAAAAAUACCAAGGUUUACUUUUAAAGCUCUCCCAAUUGAAGCUGAUGUUUCAGUGUCAAAAGUGGUAACAGAUCCAAAGGGAUCUAGUUCUGACAUUGAAGUAGUGCAACUGCAAGAAAGCUCUGCUAUCCCUGAAGAAACACCAGUGGCUCUAGAGGGUAGUGUUCAAAAAGCAAAAAGCAAAAUUCUAACACUAACUGAACCUGACAUUAAAACAGCACAGAUGACUACUACCAUAGGGUCCUCCCUUCCAAACACAGGGCAAGACAUUCACUGGUCAUAUGUAGAGGGCCAAGAAGUGAGUGAGAAAGUAGAACCUGAACAUGUUGCUAUUGAAAGGUGUGAGAUUUAUACUACUGAAAUAGUGAAAGAAUCAGAGAUUCUCUCAUCAGAAGUCAAAACUCCUGCUUUGGGAUUCUCAUUGCUCAAGGUGAAGUUGCCUGAAUCACAUAGCAACUUAGAAGUGCUAGUCCAGCAGCCAUCUCCAGCAGACGGUGUGUCAGUGAGCACACUUAAAUAUGCUGAUGAAAGUUUUGGAGGAGCAGCACGGAGGACUGGCAGUGCUGAGCUUAAACUAUAUGACAAUCUACACAGUGAGAUUGAAGAAUCUAGUGGAGAAGUAAGUUUGCCAAAAUUAAAAACAUCUGUUGUUGAACUAAAGCCUUCCAGUAAACUUGAAGAGAGUCUUCCUGGUAAAUCACUGCAGGGAAUAACUGCAGAUCCUCUCUCUAAAGAUGAGGAUGUAGCUGAAGCACUAGAAGAUGAAGAAAAAGACAUAAUCAAUGGAAAAGAAAAAACUGAUAGUAAAAGAUCUUCUGGAAGAUUCAAAUUUUGGCUUCCAAGUAUUGGCUUUUCAUCUUCUGGUGAUGAAACUAGCACAGAUUCAAAAACAGAAGUAAAAAAGUCAGUUCCAGAAGAAGUGAAACCUGUUGACACAUCAGAUCAUGAUUCUUCUAAGCAAACUGAAAAAACUGGAUGGUUUAGAUUUCCCAAGCUUGGUUUCACAUCUCCUUCCAAAAAGGCUAAAACUGUUGACAAAGAAGAGAUGGAUCAUGGAGAGAGAAGAAUCUCAGAUGAAGAUAGCCCAUCAGAUAAACCUGAUGUAUUUUUUGAUGCACAAGAAAGUUUAUCACCUAAAGAUAUAACAGAGGGUGAAACAGUUGAAGCUGAUAUGUUCUCAUCUAAUGUUCCAGUUUCUCGAACUAUUGUGACAUCUUCAGCAAGAACUGAACUAAUCUUGUUGGAAGAAGAAAAAGGUCGUCAAUCUAAUAUGCCUGGAGAUAAAACCAAAUGAAUAUUGUCUUUUCUCAAUUCUCAAUGAAAAUAAAAUAAUCUACAUGUACAGACUAAAAUGUUUUCUUAACUUUUUAGUAACUGAAAAUUAAACAUAACCUAAAACAUAUUCAUGAUCACAUUUAGAUUAUAGAUUACUUCCAGAAUGGAAUAUAACCUAGUACUAUGAGAAGUACACUUAACCUGUUUAGAUUUUGGAACUUUCUGACCUCCUUUUGCUUUCUUACUGAAAUAUUUUUCUUUAUUUCAGCUAAGGUAAUAUAUAUAUCCCAUGAACAUUUUAAAAUGCAGAAUAGUAACAGAAUACUAGUAUAGAGAGACUAAUGCUUUACCUCUUCCUCUCUUCUCAUUUUUUGAUUAUUGUGGUUGGUCAUAUUUAGCCUUAAAAGAAUUUUAAAAGAAAAACAGAAUAAAUUCAAGACCAAAAACCAUGUAACUAACUCACAUUUUUAAGAUACCAAAGCAAGACAUUCUGACAAAGAAUAAUUAUUGAAAUGUGAAUAAAUAAAUUUUUAUGUAUAUAUUUACUGAAUAUUAAAUACACAGAACAAUCUGCCACAGUGGUGGAAUUGCUUCAAAGAUUUUCUGGGACAGGAGAUGUAUAUAAUUAUUUGCUUCUCUGUUUAUAUUAGUGCUUCUCUCAAGUGCACAACACAAACCAAAGUGCAUAUGUGACAGCCUUCACAUGUAUCAAUAAAACACUGUCUGUAUUCUUAAUUCACAAUAAACUCACCAUAUGAAUAAUAA